AUGGAAGUCGCGACUGCGACAUACACGAAGACGGAAGCCGCCCCGCACGCUGCCGAGGAAGGCGCCAACAGCCAGAACCGCACUGCACACACCCUCACAGCCUGCUGUCGCUGCCGCACGCGCAAGACGAGAUGCGACCCUGGCCUGCCGCGAUGCGGUCCCUGCGAGCGCACAAACUCGCACUGCGAGUACUAUGACCCCACCAAGGGACGCAAGAUCCCCCGCAACUAUGUCGUGCAUCUCCAGCACAAGGUCCGCGACCUCGAGAAGCAGCUGGCUGAGCUCGAGCGCGACGACGUAGAGCCCGAUGCCGAGGAUGUCAUGCGCGGAGCCACAGCGGUGCGCGUGCAGGACACCGACGAGUCCAAAUUUCUGGGCCCGUCCAGCGGCAUCACCAUUACCAGACUGGUCAUGCAGCUCGCGAAGCAAUUCACCGAGUCCAAGAGCAUAUCCGAGAUUGUGCCCCACGCGCGCGCCAAGUCCAUCAAAGCCACUUUUGCGCAGGAGGACAAGCGACCAACUUCAAAAAUCUACCCGCUGGUCAGCGACGUCGCAGCCGAGGAGCUGCCCAACAGAAACCUCGCCAAUCUGCUCGUCGACCUGUUCUACUGCAAAGUGCACCCCAUGUACCCCAUCUUCCAUGAACCAACCUUCACCACCGACGUCGAAGAAGUGUACAAUGGCUCUACAGACCCCUACCAGAACUACUGCUUGCGAAUGGUCAUCGCCAUCAGCCUGCAAAAGAUGGACACGCAGUUUGCUGGCCUCGCCGACAGCUACUACCUCGCAGCCCUGAAGUACUUCGAAGCCGCCAUCAAGCCAAUGAACCUCAAGACGCUGCAGUGUUUCGCCCUAGUCGCCGGCUACUCGCUUCUUACGCCCACCAGGACCGCCGUCUACUACAUCAUUGGCCUCGGCGUCCGACUUUGUCAAGCCCUAGGACUGCACGAAGAGAAGACCAUCACUCUAGGCCCGCGCGGACAGCGAGCCGACCCUCUUGAGAUUGACAUGCGCCGCCGUUUGUUCUGGACUCUGCUCACCAUGGACUACGGCUUGUCGCACAGUCUGGGGCGUCCCGCUCACUUUGCCACCAGGCGUGAGCACAUUGACGUCAACUUUGGAGAGCUUGUCGACGAUGUCUUCAUCACCAAAGAGGGUAUCAAGCCCGCGCCCCAGGCCUCGCUCAAGAAAUGGAUUGGGAUCCACUUCUACAAGAUGCGCCUUCUGCAGCUAGAAAUCCGCAAGAUGCUGUACCAAAGGAAGAAGCCCGAACCCAAGGACGACCAGCACCCAUGGUUUGCCGAGAUGCAAAAAAAGAUUGAGGCCUGGCGGGACACAAGUCCUGAGAUGGACGGCGGCUCAGGCCUCAACAAAGUCUGGUUCAUUGGAAGAUACAACACCAUGGUCGUUUUCCUGUACCGUCCCUCUCCACAAGUUCCGCAGCCCUCGGUCCAAGCCGCGAUUCGAUGCUAUGAUGCCUGCCAGUAUAACAUUUAUAUGACCCAGAAGCAGAUUGAAACCAAGACCGUGGACAUGACCUGGAUCUUUGUGCAGGCCAUCUUCAUGUGCGUCAACACCAUGUUGUGGACACUCGCGUACUCCGAAGUUCGUCGCAUGCACAGCCGCGAAGAGGUGGAGAGCCACAUGAAGGUGGCGUUGGAGUCCAUCAGGCUAUCCUCCGAGCGUUGGCCCGGCGUCGCAUCAGCCAUGGAACUCUACUACAACCUUAUCGAGGCCUGCAUGAAGAUAUUCGACAAGGACGGUGACGUCCCCAUCACAGCCGGAUCACCAUCAGACACAGCGUCUGUCGUGUCAAGCAACAUGGUAGAUGGCAUCAAUCGAUCACGGACAACGAGCCCCGCAACGGCGUCCACGGCAUCGGUGAGCACGCCUCCCGAUAAAAUGUCCGCGCCGUUCGGCUAUUUACCAAACCAGAAUCAGCAGAUUUUCAACUUUGCAAAUGGUCAAUCAAAUGGCACGAGUCCAUUUGCAUCGUCACCAAACACGCAGCAGGCUUCGCUCCACACGUCGCCACAACAGCCGCAACUGCACACCUACACCGAGAUGAGCCCAAAGACCUCGAUCGAUUCCGCCCUACCAAUGUACAGCUACCCACCAACCACUCAAUUCGCAUCACUGCCCACGACCUUUACCGAGCUUCCCCGGUGGACUCCAAACUUCUCAAUGCCUCAACAAGAUCCCUUUGGUCAGGCUACAAUGCCGCUUACGUCGCCAUUCUACAACGAAGCAUAUGCUGCGAACCAAGGAUACGAAGUGGCAGACUAUCUGAAUCCCGGUUGGAGUCAAGAAGCUAGGGGUCAGGGGCUGAAUCAGCAGCAGCAGAUGCAACUGAUGCAGGACUUUGAGAUGCACGAAACCAGCAAGAUUGAAGAGAUGAUUCAGCAGAGCAACCAGCUAUUCCGCCCUCCUCACCUACAAACAUUCUGA